GUGGUUAUGGAAAACAGAAGAAAAAGCUAACCGAUAAACAGGCUGAAUCCGCAAACUGCGUUGAUGACUGGCAAACUGAGAAUUUGUGACGGGUAAUAUAUUAUAGCGUUAACUUUUCGACUGACUGUUUGUAGUUUUAUAUGACAUAGCUAAACACGAUUAGCCACUUUUGGAGGCGAGAAGAAAGGCAUACAAUGCCGUGGGAGCGCUUUUUCUCAUCUUCGCCUCUCCUUGCUCGUCUUCCUCAUUUACCGACUGCGUGAGGACGGACUCAAACAAGAAACUGCUGUAUCGACAACUGUCAAUAACUGUAGCUAGCAAGCUAGCUAGCUGUAACCUGAACAAGUGUUAAUUUACAAUGGCGGAUAGCGUAGAAGAGGUUGCUAAUGGUGAAACUGGGUUAGGUGUUGGUAGUCAGGGAAAUGGAGCUCCGUUGUUACCUAGUUUGGGUAAUUCUCUGCCGGGCCACUCGACGAGUGGAGCUAACCUGGCCUCACCACCUCCUGCAGCGGCCGCAGAGACUGGCCUAGCUGUCAUGUCCCCUGGAGCCACAACCACAACCGUGGUGACUGGGAGCGGGUUUGGAGGUGCAGGUGUUCUUAGCGCUGUAGUGGGCUCUGCCAUUCCAAUACCCCUCUACUCCGCCACCAAUGCUCUGCCAGGCGGUAUCGGUUUGGGGGUGGCCGGAGCAGGCCUCUUGUCCCAAAUUCAUGCAACGUCCUGGGACCCAACACUAAGUACCGACUGGGACAACGAGAAGACGUCCCAGCAAUGCAUUCUCCGAAUCAAAAGGGAUAUAAUGUCCAUCUAUAAGGAGCCUCCCCCGGGUAUGUUUGUGGUUCCUGACCCUCACGACAUGACUAAGAUCCAUGCCCUCAUCACAGGACCCUUCGACACGCCCUACGAGGGAGGCUUCUUCCUCUUCCUGUUCCGCUGCCCCCCGGACUACCCCAUCCACCCCCCACGGGUCAAGCUCAUCACCACCGGCCAAAACACUGUGCGCUUCAACCCCAACUUUUACCGUAACGGCAAAGUAUGCCUCAGCAUCCUCGGGACUUGGACAGGGCCAGCAUGGAGCCCAGCCCAAAGCAUCUCCUCCGUUCUGAUCUCCAUCCAGUCCCUGAUGACUGAGAACCCUUACCACAAUGAGCCAGGCUUUGAACAGGAGAGACACCCGGGGGACAGCAAGAACUACAAUGAGUGCAUCCGCCAUGAGACCAUGCGCGUGGCUGUAUGUGACAUGCUGGAUGGGAAGGUGCCCUGUCCAGAAGCAUUGUGGAGUGUGAUGGAGAAAUCAUUCCUGGAGUACUAUGACUUCUACGAGGGGGUCUGCAAAGAGAGACUACACCAACAGGGACAGAACAUGCAGGACCCUUUUGGGGAGAAGAGGGGUCGCUUCGACUACCAGGGCCUACUGGCACGCCUGAGCACCACCCAGAGGCGCAUUCGGGAGAAGUGCCCACCGGAGGACAACGAUGACCACUCAGACUCUGACACCAGCUCCUCAGGCACGGACCCAGAUAGCCAGGGCAGCUCCCAGCCUUAGUCACCAGAUGGCGCCACACUACCUUUCUUUUUCAGUCUCCCCCUUUCUGUUUUUGCAAGAUGGUUUUGGCUCAAGUGAGAUGUUGAGGGUAAAGGCCUGAUUUCAGGAAGCACUUGUGAUACAAAGGCAGGGGAUAGCUUAAUGUCUGUUUUGAUUGGUUCUUUUUCCUUCUCCCCCCCAAUGACUGCCUUUUAAUUUGUUUCCCCCAGCUGUUGUAAGUUAACAAUGCCAGUCUACGCUUAGAUGGUGUUGGGAGUUUGGCUUGUAGAAAUGGACAUUGUUUCUUUGAAAACAAUUUGUCAUAGAUUCUGCCUUUUUGUCUUUGUUUUCCCAUGCCCGAUUGGAUUAGGAAGAAGCGGUGAAAUCUGAGAUUGUGAAUAUUGAGAAUGGUCAGUCUGUACAACCACAUCAGUCGUCUUAAUCAAAUCACCAAACUUCUAUUCAUUCAUACAUUGGUACACACACCUCAGACUAUCCACUUCUAAAGUCCCAUUGUCUCAUGUUCUUUCCUUAAUCUGAAUAGUACUUAAUAAAAUUAUGAACCAAGUCAUAAUUACAUUAUGAAUUCAUAAUGAAUUGCAUUAGUAAAAAUAAAAAACACCUCCAGUAAUGCCUAGUACAAAAUAUGUACACUUGCGGCCACAUAUAUUGGCACCUUUGCACUUUACAGUGGAACAGAUUGUAAUAUUUAUUAUUUUCAAAACUUUGGAUAGCUAUUUUUACCCUGUAGGCACUUGCAACUUAUGACAAGUGAGGAUAAAUGACACAAUCACUUGCCUCUAACCAAAUUGUUUUGAAUUUUCAAUAAUGCAGUCCAGGCCAUAUUUUGACUUUAAAAAAAAUCCAUUUCAGUUUCAUAACAUUUCUUGGCCCUUUGCAGAUACAAUUACGUGUAAAGUUUUUUUCUCUACUUAUUUGUGAAGAAAUAGUGAAUCGUUCGAGGGUGCCAAUAUGCACAGCGAGAGAGUUUAUUGUGGUCUAUGGGGAGUUUCUUCAAAUAAUUUUCCAUUGACUGACCCCUAAAGCCUGCAUGGAAAGUUAUUUUUUUUAAACAUUUUCUCUGCAUGAAAACAAAUCUCAAUGUUUGAUGUUCAUGAUUAUCAUUGAGCUGUAUGUAGUGUUGUGGAUUUCACCUUCAAGAGAUGUUUUUCUUCUCUGAUGCUAAAAUGCUGGUAGAGUAAUAGGGAUCCUAAUAUCUCCAUUUAAGCUAAAUGGUGGAGUCUAUGGAUACAUUAGGUUUGUGGUCACUACAAAACGUUUAGAAAGAUGGAUUUGUCAUUUGACCUGUCCCAUUUAACCAAUGCCACGUUUUCCAUUGCAUUUUUCAUUGAAGGCAGUGGACUGGUGCCUCUUCAACUCUAUAUAGCGGAGUCAGCUGGUACCAAACAGGCACAGACCUGUUUGUUAGAUCUCCACGGUGUCACCUUUUCAGUCAUCUGAAAGCCACCACCAGGAUUUUCAAACGAGCCACGGGAAAUGUUUUAUGAUGGUAACAUAAAUACCAGACACCUGCUUCGAUGCCGUGACAACUUUCAUUCAUUGAGAGUUUUCGCCUGCGAUGGGUUUCUGUAGAUUGAUUUGUAGAAUGAUUUUAUGUUGGUUUGGCCAUUUUUAAGCGGUAAAUGUUCUACAUUGGCUUACAUAUAUGGUGUCAGAAGUGCGUUCCACAGGUUAAAACAGUCUUAAGAUACAAGUUCAAUAUAAACCUGGCAGUAACACUGACAACACAAACUUUAAAUGGACUUCAAGUGGUCGAGGAUUUUUUUUUUAAGUAUGAGAAACCGUAUGACCUGUUCUAAACAGUGGUCUUGUCUGCUGUAAAUGGUCAAUCUUAUUCUUUCAUAUUGAUGUGAAGUUCUUAUUCUCGCUUUGAAAGACGUUAAGCCUUAUCGAGACUUCUUCCCGAGCCACAAUUGUUUUCAGUCUCUGAAUUGUCCCCCUUCAAAGUGUCACAAAACAUUGCAUAUCAGCCUGGGCAGCUCACCAAUAACCUCUAGUGAGGCCUCAGCGGCUGUACAGCGGAUAGGGGGCUAAACACCUCUACCGUGUCACUUGGUUUGUAGUCCUGUCUAGCAAGAUGCAACAAAUAAUUAUACUGUCUUCAGUCUUUAUUGCAUUUUGGAAAUACCCACUCAGGAUACAACAAAACCUCUUGCUUUGUAAUUGCCUGUCUGGACCACAAUCUACUGUCUAAUUAAGGAGGCCAGCUCCAAUGCAGAGUGGCACCCAAACAGGACUGGACCACACCCUUUUCCUUCUCAUGGACAUGUUUUUCUAUUCCCUCCCAUCUGGGUGCAUUUCUGCUUACUUCUCUCAGUUGACAGGGACUGGGACUUCCUCUCACAGGAAAAAAUGUUGGAUUUAAUAGAUCUACUGUAUGAGAGUACUGCUAACUUUGUUUACAAAGUUUGGGGAAAAAAUGUCUAAAAUGUAUGACUCUACUGCAAAUGAAAAUAUUAAAGCAAAGAUACUACUGGCCAGCUCCACUGCAAAGGAUUAGGUGUGAGAUGCUCAAUGUAGCGACCAGUCUGUUUGAAGCCUUGUUAUGGUUUGGUGUGUAUAUUCCUGUAGCAUUCUGAUGUGACCCGUCUAGUGUGUCCCUUGUCUGAUGGUUUAUUUUGGGUUUGUGCCCCCAACCCAGAGAUUCAAACUGAAUCGCUUUUAUUAAGGCAUCUUCAAUCCAUAAUGAUAUGGAUUUCCAUGUAGAUGUUUUCAGGAAGUGACUUAUGUAAAGCAUAGAAACUUCUAGAAUAAAUGUUGGCCAUGACAUAGUAAAAGUAUAUAAUAAUUACAAAUGGGGAUACCUUAUCUGUCAGCCAUCUCAAUGAGAUAAGUAACGUUUGUAUUGAGUCCCAUUGCGUUAAUGUCUCAUAGUAUGUCCGACCUUCAAUCUAUGGAAUUUCUUAUGAGAUGAGUGUGACACUAUAAUAUACUGCACCUUUUCCCCAAGAUUGAAUUUAGGACUUGGGAUGGUGUAGAGUAGACCACAUUGCUUCUUAGAUGGCUACCAGCAAUGUACAGGGCUGCUAAACCUAGCUGCCACAGAGCUGCUGCUCUACGACAGGGUUUCCCCGAACUCUGUUUCCCCCCCCCACCCCCUUGUGGUGCACAUUUUGGUUUUUGCCCCAGCACUACACAGCUGAUUCAAAUAACCAACUCAUCAAGCUUUGAUUAUUUGAAUCAGCUGUGUAUUGCUAUGGCAAAAAAAUAAACGUGCACCCAGGGGGUGGCCCCCAGGACGGAGUCUGGGAAAUCCUGCUCUACAGUACAUUCCCACAGGGGCGUUCAACACUCUAAUGGCCAUUCAUUCUGUCUCAGUGAAUGGUUUACAUUUUUGAGUUGACAAGAUGUGGGACCCAUUUUAGGCCUUGACUCAACGUUCCAGGCCAAGGCAUUAGUCCCAAAACUUUGACUGCCACGUUUAUGCAAGACUAUUUUCAUCUGAUUUAAUUUCUGUUUUCAUUAUAUUGUAUAUGUAAAAAAAAAAAAACUAAUAAAAUAUACAAAUGGA